AUGACUAGGGGCCCGAAAAGACAAGCUGUUGGCUCCCCUUCGCCUCCCUCAUCAUCCUAUGAUAAAGAUGACAUUCGCUCUGUUAUUGAGGGGAUAAUUAAGGAUGAAUUUAGCGAGAUGCUAGUAAAGUUUAAUAAAACUAUUAUCAGCACGAUCAACCAAGAGUUGGAACCAUUAAAGAAAGAAAUGCAAGGAAUUCGAGAUUCAAUAUCCUUUAUGAAUGAGAAAUUUGAAGACAUUAAAAAGGAACAACAGUCUUAUAAAGAGAGUGUCAAAAAGUUAGAAUUGGAAAAUACAGAACUCAAGACUACAAUUGAAGACAUAAACGGGAGACUUAUCAACUUGGAGCAACAGUCCCGAUCAAAUAACUUAGAUGUGCAAUGUGUACCCGAAAACAAAAAUGAAAACGUAUACAGUAUAAUAACACAACUCGCGCGUGUAGUAAACUGCGAGAUAAAUGAAAAAGAUAUCUCACACUGCACACGCAUCGCUAAGUCUAAUCCCUCCAGCGCUCGUCCUCGCUCAAUAAUAGUUCAGUUGGCAUCACCAAGACUACGAGACCAACUACUAGCUGCAACUAUAAAAUACAAUCAAGCUAACCCCCAUGAAAAGCUAAAUUGCACCCAUCUUGGAUACGCAGGACCGAAAUCUCCCGUAUAUGUUACGGAACAUCUGUCGCCAACCAACAGGGCCCUGCACGCAGCUACCAGGAUCAAAGCGAAGGAGAUGAGCUACAAUUUACCUUCCUCCACCAGUAAGUCCGGCAACUCUUGA